GCUUGGUACUCUCCGACGACCUCCACAUCCAUUCUCUCUCUUUCUAUUCCUCUGCAUAAACUCUUUAAAAGAUUUUUCCGAAACCCUCCCUUUCAUCUGUAUAAAACCCUAGAAAGCAACGGGAGAGAGGGCGAGGAUCUUCGUUUUUCCAAGAUUUCUGUAGCAGACCCAGUCAAGAUCUCUUCGAGAUCAGGCCAUGGAACCUUACCCCAAAAGAACCCGUUCCGAAAACGGUGGGUUUGGAUUGAAUUCUAGGGGUGGUGAGCAGAAAGAAUGGGGAUAUCCCCAGCAAGGUAAUGGAGGCGGGGAUCUUGAAUGCAGGCGGUUCAAUACGCCCGAAGGUUGCCCGUAUGGAUCGGCUUGCAGAUUCCGACAUGUUACAGCUGAUGGCCGAGAUGUGGGACAACAGGGCCUUUCUUCUGGAGGGAAACCAAAACCCUGUAUGAAGUUUUUCAGUACUUCUGGUUGCCCAUUUGGAGAAUCAUGCCACUUUCUGCACUAUGUACCUGGAGGUCUCAGUUCCUUGGGUCUAGCUCCCGUGAUGUCCCUUUCAGCUGCUUCGGCUGCUGUCUCUCAGAGGAAAUCUGGUGGACCAGUGGGGGAUCCAAGUGUCACUGUAAGUGGCUACAAGACGAAGCUUUGCAACAAGUUCAACACCCCAGAAGGUUGCCGUUUUGGUGAUAAGUGCCAUUUUGCUCAUGGAGAGAGUGACCUGCGGCUACCAAACAAUCAAUCUCGGGGGAAUGUCCGAAGAGCUCCAGUAGAAGGACCGCGGGGUUUGGGCCCUUCUGGAUUUAGUAACAGUGGAACUGACUUCUCAAACCUAGCAGCAUACGGAAAUGCCUCGAACUUUAAUUCUCAAGGAUAUGGUGAACCAAAUCCACCUGGUGUUCCGGCUAACGAUGGUUCUGCUACUUAUGAAACUGGAUCCAUUGGUGAAAAUGUACAAGUAUAUUAAUAAAGGGAUAGGAUAAGGUGGUACUCAGAGUUGUUGGCAAAUCUUGCAUAGUAGUGAUUCGAGCAGAUGAUGAUUGGCCAUACCAACAUCUGGUGAAGCUCAAAUGUCAAAGUUUGCUAAAAUUUUCUCCUGAUAUGAUUAGAAUAUGUCUACUUUAGCUACCCCAAGAGAAAUUUGGAACAAUAUUACUUCGGCGGAUGUAAGGACUUGGUCCUAGUCAUUCCUGAACUAGGCCCAAGUCUGUGUGUCCAUUGAUGAUUUUUCUUAGUUCUGGUAAUGAAAUACAUGUAGCAGAGAUUAAUUUCUAUUUUUUCUUUAUUAGUUCUGAUACGUUUACUUUUAACUUUCAGAUAAUUGAACUUAAGUUAUCAAGAUCAGCAUUAUUGGAUUUAAUUGUUUAUUUCGGAAGUUUAACUCGGACUGUCAGACUGUAAAUCUGUAAUGGUUCGGUUUCCUACAAAA